AUUUGAACAUCCCCCUCUCCUCCUGCAGUGGAGCAACGAAGAAAUGGGAGUGAGAGUGGACUGGUCGGAUCUUCCGACGGAACUAUUGCCAGCGAUCGUCAAGAGCCUCGACACCCGCAUCGAUGUUCUCCGAUUUCGAAGCGUCUGUAGCUCGUGGCGUUCCUCUGUCCCUCCCUUUCACGCUAACUCUCCUCGCUUUCCUCUCAAAUUCCCCAACCCUUCAACGUUGACUGGGCCUCCGCCAUUGCCAAUACCACCAGCUUUUCUCUGCCAAAGCAGCCUAUAUUACAUUCAACCGCUAAAUCCUUCAACUUCUUCUUCUUCUAACAAGUGGUGGUUGAUGAAGGUCGAAGAGUCGGAUUCAGGCAAGCUGCAUCUUGUAGACCCACUACUCACCACCGGCCUGAUCAGGUACUCCGUUCAUACACCCAAGACGUUGAAUUUAUUGAACUUUCGGAUGGUGGAAUUCGCUAAAGCCUAUAUGCUUAGAUACCCAAUUCUCACUGGACCCAAAAAUGAAACAACAUAUGUGCCCUGGUUCAUGUUAAAUCCCCAUUUCAGACCAAAUCUCAGGGUGAAAAAAGUGUUGGUGUUCCCGAAUUCGUCCUGGACAAAUGCAGAUGAGUGUUCGUUUUUCGUGCUCUUUGACAGUGGAAAAUUGGGUUUUGCAAAAUGUGGGGAUGAGAAGCUGACCGACAUCAAUGGGUCUUGUUAUAAUGAUAUUAUUGUUUACAAGGGCCAAUUCUAUGCGAUUAAUAGUUUGGGAACAGUUUGGCGGUUUGAAUAUUCAUCCUUGAAGUUGGUACGGUUUUCGCAUCCGCUAGUUGGAGUGGGUAGGCAGAAGUAUUUGGUGGAGUCUUGUGGAGCUCUUUAUGUUGUUGAUGGACUUUAUAGGAAAGACAAGCGAUUGAGAGACAAUCGUUAUCCCAAGAUAGUUGGUUUUGAAGUGUUCAAGCUGGAUGAAGAAUGGGGUGAAUGGGAUUUGGUGAGAAGCUUGGGUGACCAAGCGUUUGUUUUGGGCACUGAUUGUUCUUUCUCUGUUUCGGCUCCAGACGUUUUUGGAUGUAAAGGGGAUCGCAUUCACUUCAUUGAUGCAUAUGAUAUGGUUUUCAGCCUCGUUGACUAAGUGAUUGAGCCUGCUGGUUUGUUCUUAUGGAGGCUCUCUUAUUUUCGGCUAGUGCUUUUAGUAGAUGUUACAAGAUUUUGUGUCUGUAGGUUGUUGAGUGUGGUGUACAGUUUUUGUAAGUGUUAAACAGUUGGAAUGGUGUAUGGUUUUUGUAGAGAGGAUCACAUUCACUUCAUUGAUGAUGAACAUCAAAGUCUUGUGUUCGAUCCUCCUCUGGAUGCUGCUCCUCGGAUUCUUUGAACUUUCUCAGCCAGACUUUUUCCCCUUCCGGCGAAGAACACCUUUUUCCUGGUUAAUUUAGCCCGGCAGAGCAGUUAACCACCUGUUCGGAGUCCCACUCCUCCACCUCCUCCCACAUGCUAGGAUCCUCAGAAUCCGACAAGCUAAUCACAGCAUUCAUGAUUUAGCGUUUUCCAUCAUUCUAAUCUUUUCUGUACCUUGAAAUAUUCUGGAUUUUAUUCUGUUUUGGAUUUGACUGUGAUAGUGUUCUCAACUUUUUCCCGAGGUAGAAUUUAUUUGUGUUUCUUUGGGAUGUUACUUUCA